AUGAAGAAUAAUACUCAACAGACUCCAAUUUCUCCAAAAAUGGCCAUGUAUAAGAAUGCAAUGAAAAACAAACAUAAUCAACUCCCUUAAUUAAGUGAACAGCUACAAAAGAACCAGAGUCUCGCUUAAUUUCAGGAGUAACAACAAAGUUAAAGAAGUUAAGAAUAAGGAAAAUAAGAUAAGCUACGUCCAAAUAGUUCUUUUAGAUCUUUAAAAUUCUAAGAUUUGAACAUGCCUCAUAAUCCUAUUGAUGUCAUCAAGCUGAAAGACAUUCUAGAUGGAAAUAGAAAGGAAAUGAAGGUCAAAUAAGAUUAAUCUUAAGUUUAACAUAAGAAUUAGCAAGAAAAAAGCUUCACAUCUCAUAAACACCCUUAGGAUGAAGUCUUAACAGAACAACAGAAAGUUGAAAAAAAAUUCAAUUUAGCAAUAAAGGAUUAUAAACAAAAUUUUAAAGAAAAUGUAAAUUUGGAUCUUGAAACACCAAGGUUUUUUGGAAUGCCAUGA